UUAGUAGUCUGCUGGCUGUAAAGUUGAUGCUGACUGCUUAUAGAUUGACUGUGCUUCACGAAAUUGUUUUCUUCUCCCCUUUUUUUUCUCAUUGUUAUCGCAUUUUUGGGCAAGCUAUGACAUCCUAUGAUACUUCGUUUCCUCGUGAUGAUCUUUUGCCCAAAAAAGAGACAGGAGCCAUAUCUUACCUGAACAAGUUUCCGUCUUACAAUGGUCAGGGAACUGUCAUUGCAAUAUUCGAUUCCGGCGUGGAUCCCAGAGCACCUGGUCUACAAGUUACAAGUGAUGGAAAACAAAAAAUUAUUGAUUGUUUUGAUGGUACUGGAUCUGGUGAUGUUGCUUUGGUCCCAGCUGAAGUUAAGAAUGGUGUUAUCUCAGGUCUUAGUGGGAGAUCAUUAAAGAUUCCAGAUUCCUGGACAAAUCCGAGUGGGGAAUAUUGGAUUGGUUGCAAAAGUCUGUAUCAGCUUUAUCCAACAGCUCUCAGGGAAAGAAUGCUUAAAGAUUUCAAGGAAAACAAGUGGGAUCCUUCACACAAAAAAACACUUGCGGAGACAACAAAGAAACUCCAAGCAUUUGAGUUAGCUAAUCCAGAUCCUUCAGGGUCAGAGAAAGCCACCAAAGAAGAUUAUGAAAUGCAGAUUGAAAUGCUAAACACUUUGGAAAAGAAAUUUAGCAACCUAGGUCCAUGCUUUGACUGUGUUGUUUUCAAUGAUGGCCAACAAUGGAGAGCGUGCCUGGAUACAUCUUAUUCCGGCAGAUUGUCAGAAUGUAAGCUUAUGGGUAUUUAUCGCGAGACAUUUGAUGUAGGCACCUUAUCUGAGGAAGACCAGCUGUCUUACUCCAUUAACGUUUAUCCAGAGGACAACAUACUGGAAAUCGUCUCGAUGUGUUCUAGCCAUGGAACUCAUGUUGCUUCAAUAGCGUCUGCUUGUUUUCCGGACGAGCCGGAGAAAAACGGCUUGGCUCCUGGCGCCCAAAUUGUAUCCAUUGCUAUCGGUGACAAUCGACUAGGGUCCAUGGAGACGGGAACAUCUUUAGUCCGUGCCAUGAAUAGAGUAAUUGAACAGACGCACUAUAAGGUGGAUGUAAUCAAUAUGAGCUAUGGCGAACAUGCUCAUUGGGCCCAUUCAGGUCGAUUAGGCGAGCUUAUGUCAGACGUGGUCAAUAAGUAUGGAAUAGUAUGGGUUGUUUCCGGAAGCAACCAUGGCCCGGCUUUAUCAACUGUAGGAACACCCCCAGCUAUUUCCACCACUAGCUUAAUUGGUGUUGGAGCUUACGUCAGCCCUGAAAUGAUGGCAGCAGAAUAUUCGCUACGAGAAAAGCUGCCAGGCAUGCCUUAUACUUGGUCAUCCAGAGGUCCGUGCAUGGAUGGAAGUAUGGGUAUUUCUAUAUGCGCCCCGGGUGGUGCUAUAACGUCGGUUCCUAACUUUAUGUUGAGAGGCUCUCAACUGAUGAACGGCACUUCCAUGGCAGCACCUCACGUCACGGGAGUUGUCGCUCUACUGAUUUCUGGAUUAAAAGCCAGGAGAGUACCUUUUUCUCCAUUUAGUAUAAAACGAGCUUUAGAACAAACAGCUGUCUUUCUAGACGGCGUCGAAGUGUUUGCUCAAGGUCAUGGGUUAAUCCAAGUGGAUCGUGCUUUUGACCAUCUUGUAGCCUAUCAAGAUCAACAGGAGCGUGACGUUCGCUUUCAUGUAACUAUAGCGAAUUCCGGCCCCACGAUGAAAGGGAUCUAUAUGAGAGAUAUGCCCACGUCGAAACCCAAAGAGUUUUCCAUUUCAGUGGAGCCCUUUUUUCUCAACUGUGAAGAGCGAGACGCUGACUCCAAAAUUAAAUUCAACAUCCAACUGUCUCUGGCGUGUAGUGCCUCCUGGGUUCAGAUACCCAAACACUUCGACCUGAUGUACAUGGUACGGGGUUUCUCUGUCAGAGUAGAUCCCACAGGAUUAGCAGUCGGAGUUCAUUACACUAGUAUCAAGGCGUACGACUCGGUUUGUCCUGAAAAAGGCGCUGUGUUUGAAGUGCCAGUCACAAUAGUCAAACCAGAAACUGUUCGCAAUCAAGUUUCAUACAGCAAACAACAUUUUACUCCUGGGGAUAUUCAACGUCGUUUCGUCCACGUUCCAGAUGGUGCUUCUUGGGCGGUUCUCACGAUUCAUCUUGAGAAUAUGGAGGCUGAAGCAAACAAUGCAAGAUUUAUAGUGCACGCCGUUCAACUCGUUCCUGAAUUGAAUUGUAAAGCCGGAAUGGAAUUCUAUAAACUGAUAGAUCUUCAAGAGCAGUCUAACACUCCUUUAGCGUUUGCAGUGAAGGGCGGACGAAUCAUGGAACUGUGUUUAACAAAAUGGUGGGCUAGCCUGGGAACAGUUCAAAUUUCCUAUUCGGUCUCAUUCCGGGGCGUCACAAGUGACAAAGGUAGUGUUGUGUCGAUGCACGCCGGUCAAGGAAUUUUGAGAUUAGAUCUUAAAGCUAGUUUAGCUACUGAAGAAAUCGCUCCAGUUGUUACUCUAAAGCAUCAAGUACAACCUUUUAGACCAACGGAGUUCAAAAUUGUACCUCUUGGCUGUCGCGAUAUCAUUCUCCCUGGAAGGCAAAUCUAUGAAUUACAAUUGAACUAUGGCUUUAAUAUUGCUAAAGCAACUGAAGUUGUUCCCAACUGCUCUCUGCUGAGUGACACGCUAUACGAAUCCGAAUUUGAGUCACAGCUCUGGAUGAUAUUUGAUUCAAACAAGCAAUUCAUAAGCGCAGGUGACGCUUAUCCUGGCAACUACACUGCCAAGCUGGAAAAGGGUGACUACACACUACGACUUCAUGUCCGUCACGAAAAGAAGGAUUUUCUUGAGAAACUUCAAGAUAUGCCGGUAUUGAUUGGCCAGAAAUUAGCAUCGCCAAUAACAUUGGACAUAUAUGGCACGCAUAACCAAGCACUGAUUCAAGGAAAGAAGCUGACGUCUGCUACUAUCCCUAAAGGGACCACAGUCCCUAUUUAUAUCUCGCCAUUGAGCUCGGACAAAUGUUCCAAGACAGUUGGUGUUGGCCAGUACUUUUCAGGGACUAUUUCGUACUGCAAAGAUGAACAAGGGAAAAAAGUGGGGACGUAUCCUUUCGAUUAUACUCUUGUUGAAUCGCCUAAAAAAACGAAUGGAAAUAAAACCGAAAAAGAGAGUGAAAAAGGGAAAAAUGCUAAAGAGGAAAUGAUUGAAUCCCUCCGAGAUCUCAAAAUUACGUGGCUUACCAAACUUGGCGAUUCAGGAGCCACAAGUGCAGAAAUGUAUGAAGAAUUAAAAACAGAUUUUCCGGAACAUAUUCCUAUUUACAUAGCGCGCUUACAAGCCCUGGAGUCUGAGAAGGAGCGAAACCUGAAGGCUAUCGUAGAGACUGCGGAUCUUGCUCUAAAGAAGAUCAAUAUGUCAGAGCUACUCGAAUUCUAUGGCUUGAAAUCAGAUACUAGAAAAGAUGCAACUAAAAUCAAAAGCCGCAUGGAUAAAAAUAAAACGUACUUGUUGGAGGCUUUAUGUAAAAAGGGUCUUGCCUUGUGUGAAAUGUACCAAACGGAAGAAAAAGAGGACAAGUCGACAACAAUUCUUGAAGAUAUAAAAAAUAUCUUUAACGACGUUGCUAAGUUUGUUGAACCAUCUGAUCUAAAGGUUAUAAAAUUUUCAAUCCACGCUGCGCUAGUGCAAAAACAUUAUGGAAAAGCCUUGCGUUGGGUUUACAAGCAACUGGAAGAAAAACCAACUCGCGAAGUUGACGAGAAAAUGAUCGAAUUAUUUGCUGCGCUUAAGUGGUCGCAUUGUGAAGAGUGCUUUGGUAGAGCAAUUCCGCUUAAAUAUCCAUCAGCUUUUCGCCCGUUUUGAACGUGUUGCAAAACGUAUUUUUUUUUAUUCUUUGAUACAAAAAGAACAAUACAUUGCAGUUAAAAAUUUGAA